ACGCCUGAACAUCCUCCGAUUACGGCUGAUGUUUCGCCUCCCUCAGUGAAACUGUAGCGCUAUUUAAACCGCCCCAUCGCCCCACUGUCACAUUGUUGCACAUCCUGUGAAACUGUUCAAAUUUGGGGGCGGACUUGAGCGAACAUAGUUUACUUGUAAAACUGACAUUUCAGAUAUUGCGUGAAGUUAAACAUGUCUGAAAAUGUUAGAUUUGUCAGCCCUUUUCGCCGACCUCAUGCCUUGGCGGCAGCCGCUCCGGCUGGUAAAGCCAAACUAACGCAUCCUGGAAAGGCAAUUUUGGCAGGUGGCAUUGCAGGUGGGAUAGAGAUCUGCAUCACCUUCCCCACAGAGUAUGUGAAGACUCAGUUGCAGCUGGAUGAGAGGGCCAACCCACCACGUUUCAGAGGCAUCGGGGACUGUGUGACACAGACGGUGAGGAGCCAUGGGGUGACGGGGCUCUACAGAGGACUGAGCUCUCUACUAUACGGGUCCAUACCCAAAUCAGCAGUUAGAUUUGGCGUGUUUGAGUUCCUCAGUAAUCAGAUGCGUGAUGAGUCAGGGCGUCUGGACAGUGGGCGGGGGCUGAUGUGUGGCAUGGGGGCAGGUAUCAUGGAGGCAGUGCUGAUCGUCUGCCCAAUGGAGACCAUCAAGGUUAAAUUCAUUCAUGAUCAGUCAUCAGCCAACCCUAAGUACCAUGGUUUCUUCCACGGGGUGCGGGAGAUCAUCAGGACCCAAGGUAUCCGAGGAACAUACCAAGGUCUCACGGCAACUGUCCUCAAGCAGGGCUCUAAUCAGGCCAUACGAUUCUACGUCAUGACAUUACUUAAGAACUGGUACAAAGGUGACGACCCAAACAAAGCCAUGAACCCCGUGAUAACAGGCACGUUUGGGGCAAUCGCCGGGGCUGCCAGUGUGUUUGGGAACACACCUCUCGAUGUGAUCAAGACCAGGAUGCAGGGUCUAGAGGCUCAUAAAUAUAAAAACACCCUGGACUGUGCCAUGCAGAUUAUGAGACAUGAGGGACCCGCAGCUUUCUAUAAGGGCACGGUUCCUCGGCUUGGUCGAGUAUGUCUGGACGUGGCCAUAGUCUUCAUAAUCUACGAGGAGGUGGUCAAGGUCCUCAACAAAGUGUGGAAGACUGAGUAGUGAGGAGAGAGAGAAGAGGAUAGAAGAGGCUCGUCAUCUUGGCAAGUUUGAAGGGAUGUCAUCACUGUGCUAAAGGAUUCUAGAAGAUUCUCCGCCUCAACAAUGGAGGAAUAUCAGCACUGUUGGCAUAGAAACCAUCUGUCAACACCAUGCCACAAAAUUCCAUGACUCAAAUGACCCCUUCUCAUUGGUGCAUUUUCAGUGAGGCAUUUUCAUACAUGAAUGUCCAUUGGUCCAUCCUCUUGUACUGUACAUGUAAACACAUCUCUUAGUGCCUAUUGGUCCUUUCUCUGUGUUGUGCAUUUUAAGGAUAACUGGUUGUGGUCCUGAUGGUGUUACUAUGAUAAUGUGAUGUCAGCUGUGUAACUUGUGCCAUGUUUGCCCAGUGGCUGUAGCCUACAUGUUUGUUUUACUUUUAGCGGACCACACUAAUGUCACUUUAAAAGUCUAAAAAACGCACAGACAAACAUUUUAGUGGAUGUUUCUUAGAAAGUGAUUGUAAAAACUAGCAGAGAAGACAUAACAAAGAGAGCAUAUAUUUAGCAUAUUUAUUUAUGAUUGAUAAAGAACACUCAGAAAUACAAAUAAUUAUUCCUUCUUACACAAUGUGUUCAGGCAUGCCAAAGGCCUCCAUAGGGGCCCUCAAGAGAAUCACUUGUGAUCCUUUUACAUUCAUGGGGGGUUUUGGUUAUCAUUGAUGCCCUUGUUUACAUUGUUAUGUGAUAUCUUUAAAAACAGAUUUGUUUUGUUUUUAUUAAACUAUAUUUUGUAUUGAUUUUUAGCAAUUCCUUAAAUGUUCCACAUGUGCCUGAUUUAAGUUUGAAAUGUAACUAAAAACCUAAUUUAUCUUUUUACCCAAUUGAUUUAUUUUUUAACCAUGUGAGUGUCAACAGUGUGUGUGUGUGUGUGUGUGUGUGUGUGUGUGUGUGUGUGUGGUGUGGGAGACCGAGAGAGUGUGUGUGUGUGUUGGGCUGUGUGUCCUAAUCUGUGCUGGUAAAAUUGCCAAUAUUCUCUUCAUGCCACUGUUCUGUUGAGACAUGAUAGAGCAAUUUUAUUUUCUUAACUCAUCAAAUAAUAAAAUAACAAUGCAACACA